GACAGAAACUUCACAACACUCUGAGAAUCAAGAAUUGCUGAAGAUGCACCUCUUGUUCUUUGUGCUGUUAGAGAUGUACACAUUGAGCUCUGUGCAUGCCUACCCCAACGGAGAUAUAGCACCAGUGUGUGACAGUAUGAUGCCGACUCACACCCCCUUUAUGCCUCAGAACAUCACAGAGCCGUACAGAGUCAGAGUGGACCGCAGGACAUGCAGACCUGGAGACAUGAUCAGAGUGACUCUGGAGUCAGUGGACAGCACAGAAUUCGAGGGCUUCAUGCUGCAAGCUCGGCCAUCAUCAGGCAAUAGCGCUGUGGGUUAUUUCAUGCCGGGAAACGCCAGUCUGGUCCGACUGCACAACUGUUUCAACACUGAAAAGUCGGCCAUCAGCCACUCUGGAGCAAAUGAACUAACUCGGAUUGAGGUCAUGUGGGUCGCACCGCUUACAGCUGCUCCGGAAGAUAUUACGUUCUGUGCAACCUUCGUGAAGAACUACAUCGAGUUCUGGACCAUGGUGAGCAGCCACACUAUCCUGCUGUCCAGCUGUCCUGCUCCAGCUGUGAACUGUCUGAUGAUGCCUUUCUGCAUCCUGAUUGCACUUGGACUCUACAGCUCUUCAUCUUUAACUCUACUCUGACCUCUGGUAAUGGAUGCAACUGCAAAUAUUUUAAUCUGUUCUGUUCAAAUCAAAGUGAUGGAAAAGUAAAUAUUUCAGUGUUUAUGGAGAUUAUAAAAUGUAGAUGCUUUGCUGUAGUGCUUGGCUCAGAUUCUCUAAUAAACAUGAAGAAUCAUGUUUAUUUAUAUUACAGAGAUUAUCUUCAGCUCAUUUGAACUCUGUUAGGUUAUCCUAUUCCCUCCCGCUCUUAUUUUCUGAUAGGAGGAGGGGUUUUGUGGUUCCAUUUUCAGCAAAACUGACAUGACAAUAUGACAAAUUGGUUAUUUUGAAAUAAAAGUUAAUAAAUAAAGUCUAAAGUCGUGACGUGAUGUAAUCUCAGAUCUUCAUAGUGACAAAGAUUAAAUUUGCCAAAAAAAUAAAAAUAAAAAAUUCCACACUCACUGCUCAUGUGUGUGUGGUGGUCUGGGAAAACCCACUGGAUGUUUCAUUCUGGGACGAAAAAAAAAUCAGGUUUUCUCUGGUUUUUCUGCUAAUACUGUCCUUUGACCUCUCUACUUAGAAACUGAGAAAACUGGAAAUAUUUUUAUUUAGACUACUUCACCUUGGCGUCUUCUGCAUUGUUGGGUAUGGAGUCAGAUUAACAGACACAAUGGUAAAAACAGAUGCUAGCUAAAUGAGAUUUCUUCACACAGGAAAUGUCA